CGCAAAAGUUGCACAUUACAUUUAGCUGAUGUUGGUUUCUACUGUAUCAACUGCUUCUGACAUGAACUGGUGACAACACAAACAUCUGAGUAAUGUAAUAUAGCUGUUCGUUAACGUGUUGUCGAUGUGCUUCGCUUUAGAAUGGCCUCAAUCAUUUAAAAUCAGUUCCUGCAUAUAGUUUAUGAGAUUAUCUCUUGUUUACUCAACAAUAAGACACACUCCAGCACAGGUAAGCUAGUUAGCUAGCUAAGGUAGGCAUAAUUUAUGUCACUAGGCCAGCGCCUUUGGGCUUCAAUGAAAACUGAAGAUCCAGGAGAAGAGUUGUGAGGAGACAUCAACAGGUUGUGCGAGGAUGGACUUUGUCAAAACGGUCCUGGUGACUGGAGGGGCAGGUUUCAUUGGGUCCCAUUUUGUCUGCUCCCUAGUCAACAGGCACCCAGAUUGGCGUAUCAUCAACUUUGACAAUCUGGACUACUGUUCCAAUCUCAGGAACCUGGAGUCUGUAGAGGAGAAUGAGAACUACACCUUUAUCAGGGGGGAUAUAUGCAAUCGAUGCUUGGUAAACCACAUCUUUGCAACAGAAAGCGUCGACAUUGUCUUUCACUUUGCGGCUCAAACACAUGUUGAGACGUCCUUCAUAUGGCCGUCCAGAUACCACAUGGUGAACGUGGAGGGGACAAGGGUGCUACUGAAAGCAGCUUUUGAGGCGAAAGUGGAGAAGUUUAUUUACAUUAGUACAGAUGAGGUGUAUGGAGAGAGUCUGUAUAAGGAAUUAGAUGAAACCAGCCCAAGAAGACCCAACAACCCAUACUCGGUGUCUAAAGCAGCUGCUGAGUGUCUUGUAUUGUCCUACAGGGAGAGACAUAAGUUUCCUGUUAUAAUAACAAGGAGCAAUAAUGUAUAUGGACCCAGACAGUACUUGGAGAAGGUCAUUCCAAAAUUCGUAUCCUUCCUUCAGCUGAACAAAAAAUGUACCAUCCAAGGGACCAGCCCCCAAUCUCGCCACUUCCUGUACGUGGAUGAUGCCAUUGAAGCAUUCCACACCAUCCUGGAGAGGGGGACGGUGGGAGAAACCUACAACAUCGGGACCGACUUCGAGAUAUCCAUCAUUCAACUAGCCAGAGAACUUAUCAAGAUGGUCAGGCAUGUACCUGACGCAGAACUGGACGAUUGGCUGGAGUUUGUGCCUGACCGGCCAGUGGUUGACCUGAGAUACCCUGUGAACUGUGAGAAGCUGUGGAGGCUGGGCUGGAAGCCUGCAGUGUCAUGGGCAGAGGGCAUCAGAAGGACAGUCAAAUGGUACCAAGAGAACCCAGACUUCUGGCCAGACGUCAAACCAGAAGACCAACCAAUUACCUUUGAGAACGAUACCAGAGACCAAUAAGCACAUAGAUGCUCUUCCUGUAUUCGUGGUCACCAACCCUGUUCCUGGAGAGCUACAGGGGGUGCUGGCUUUUGUUCCAGCCCUGUAUUAACACAUCUGGUUCAAUUGAUUAAUCUUACUUAGGGUUGUUGACCUCCACUAGUCAAACCAGCAUCUGAAUCACUGUGGGUGUGCAAGGGAACACUUAUUUUUGUAAAUGUUUUACUAAUGAAGGUGGAAUGGAAUAUAUUUAUCAUAGUCAAUAAAUAACUUCAUAGCGCA